GCGUGGUUACGAGCAUCUGUCUUGGUUCGUGUGGAAACUUUGCCGGUCCGGGUGCAAAGUUUGAACUCCGUCUGCAAAACGCGGCUCGGUGAUUUUCACCCCUCCCUCUGUCACGAUUCACUCGAACAAGGCACGAGCCGUCUCGGGUUGUGUUCGGAACUGAGCGGAACCUCGUGUGACUGGGUGAAUCUGCUGUCCGGUGCCGGUUCGUGUGUUGUGUUGUCGCUGAGGAGCUCUCGCCCGCGGAGGAAACCAUGGCUUGUGAACCCAACCGCGCCCGUUUGCUGUGCAUGCUGUCGUUAACGUUCAGUUUUUUCGUGGUCGAGGUGGUAGUGAGCCAGCUCACGUCGUCGCUCGCGAUGCUCUCGGACUCUUUCCACAUGCUGUCGGACGUGAUGGCGCUGAUCGUGGCGCUGGUGGCGGUGCGUUUCUCCGAGCGCACGCAGUCCACCAAGAAGAACACGUUCGGCUGGAUCCGCGCCGAGGUGAUGGGCGCCCUCGUCAACGCCGUGUUCCUCACCGCGCUCUGCUUCACCAUCGUGCUCGAGGCUAUCGAGCGCUUCACUGAGCCGCACGAGAUCGAGAACCCGAUCGUGGUGAUCACCGUCGGGGUCGCGGGGCUCGUGGUGAACCUGCUGGGGCUGUGUCUCUUCCACGGCCACGCGCACUCACACAGCCACGGCAAGACGAGCAAGAGCGAGACGUCCACUGACUGCGGAUCUGCUGGAGAGGAGACCAACAACCUGGUCACCAAAGCUCACGGGAGGAACAGCCCGAACGGCGUGAACCCCGACAGCAGGGGAGCAGCUGAGUUAUCAACUGUGCAGCUGAACGGCGAGCUGGAUCACGAGCACGACCUUGAGCAGGAGAAUGAUGAGUCCUCAGCGUCCCAGCUGAACAUGCGUGGUGUUUUCCUUCAUGUUCUGGGUGAUGCUCUUGGCUCCGUCAUCGUCGUGGUCAAUGCCAUCAUCUUCACCUUUGUAUGGCGUCCAUGUGAGCCCGGCGUUCCCUGCAACAACCCGUGUGUUGCCAACGCAGAGUGCAGUGACCACUAUCACCUUAACCGCACGCUUGUUGGUUUUGGUGAGGAAAAACUCAACAACACGAGCACCUCGUUCUCUAUAGCCGGGCCCUGCUGGGUGCUGUACCUGGACCCGACUCUGUGCCUCAUCAUGGUUUGCAUUCUUCUGUACACGACGUACCCACUCCUGAAGGAGUCAGCGCUUAUCCUGCUGCAGACUGUCCCCAAACAGAUCAAUGUGAAUCUCCUAAGCACUCGUCUGCGCCAGAUCGAUGGUGUUCUGGCUGUGCACGAGCUCCACAUCUGGCAGCUCGCUGGGAGUCGCAUCAUCGCCACGGCACACAUCAAAUGCCGAGACCCCGCCUCUUACAUGAGUGUGGCCAAGCGCAUGAAGACCUUCUUUCAUGAUGAAGGCAUCCACGCCACCACCAUCCAGCCUGAGUUUGUCAUGGUGAGCUCCGAGUCGCACGCCUCACUCUGUGAGCUCUCGUGCCGCACGCAGUGCGCCACUAAACUCUGCUGUCAAAAUGCCAAAGCCCCCGACAACAAAAACACAGGUAUGGAGAGCGAGAGUGAAGCCGAACUCCCUGUCUCCACCACUCUAGAGGUCAUCAGUGAGUCUCUGGAAAGCGAGCCUAAAGUUCAAGUGGCUCCAAAGGACGUGGCCAUCCCCAGUGAGGUGGAGUCGUCUUUAUAAGGAAGAAUGAGUACAAAGAAUACAUUAAUAAAGACACCAGAAAUCAUAAAUCUAUCCAAAAGGACCUGUACAGUUGAUGAAUUAGAAAAUCAGAGCCAUAUGAGACCAAGAGGGAUGCACUGAUCCGAUACGGAGCAUCAGUAUGGAAAUGAUGGAUCGUACUGGAUCUGGUCUGACACCUCAUCGUACACGUUGCUAAUUUUUAUGCUAUCAGGAGACAUUGACUGAUCUUGCAUGUCAACAUAAAGACACAAAUCAUUUUUGCACUCACCUCUCAACAGAAGCUAACUGUGAAGACACGUUUAACUCAGCGGCUGAGAAUGAAAUCACAAGCAGUGGUCAUGAGUUCAAUCCCAGCUCAUCAUUACCUGACAAUAGUUGGUUUCAAUGGGACUCGUGAAUUUGUGCUUUUGACACAGGAACAAAUAAUAAGCUCAUUCGAGCGGUGAAAGGUGUGACAACACUGUUGCUAGGAGAAAGAGCUUUAGAAAAGGCUUUAUUUUAUAAUUUAUUAAUUUAUUUAUAGGUUUAUCCUUUAGUAACCACUUCAUCCUGGUCAGGGACGCAGUGGAUCCAGAACCUAAAAGGGGAUCGGUGUGUCCAUAGAGAGUGAAAUGAGAAGAGAGCUGUCUUUCAUUUCCAACAUGGAGUGACUCAACUGGAAGAAGGUUCACAAGAGAUAUUUCUUGAUUGCUGUUCUCACAAGUGAAAUAAACUUUGCUUUUGGGUCCAAGCGCAUUCUAUAUGAUACGUACGCACUCUGAACUUUGAGCCGUCACUGCCCAAUGGCUCUUGACCUCUGAUCAGGCCUGCUGUUGCAUGUGUGCGUUGUGAUCGCCGUGUUUGUGAAGCGUCGUCUAAGUCUAAGCAUGUGUGUGUCUAUGCAAGAAGCCUCUUGGGUUUGAGAACCUGCUGUGUCAUUAUUUUGUGGCUCUAGUGCAACACACACAUGCAAAAUCCAGCUGCUGGCUCAAGUUUAAGGACUUGUUUUAUUAUUAUAAUUAUAAAUACAUAUUAUUUUCCCCUUCUGGAUACAUCCAGUACAAGCAAUUUAUUUCAUAAGCAAAUAAUAAUAAUUUGUGUGUUUUAAUUUAUUAGUAAUGAUUUUUACUUUCCAGAGACUUUUAUAAUAUUUAGAGUUGGUAAAGCAUUUAAAAAAGGAUGUGAGCCUCUUUUGAAAAGAAACUGUGCUGUAAGGUAGAAUAUUUUUCCGAGUAUUUGAAACUGAAACUGUGCUGCUGAGACUUGUUAUAUUUGAUAGAUUAAUGCAGUUUGAGUACCGUUUCAGCAAACCUUUAAUGCUGAAAUACAUUUUUUCAAUCUUUUUGUUUCCUCAUUUAUGGGAAAUGCUGAUGCUUCAUGAGUCGUGGUGUUCUUGUCACCUGAGCGUGACUUGUAAGCACGUGUUGAAGCAUUAAAAGCAGUGUUGAACAAUGCUGGACGGUUCAGAACAACGAUGAGGAACAUUUGGCUCAAGUUUCUUAAACUUUCGUACCUGCAAUUCUUGCAUGACCAAACAUCACUAGUGUAGGUAAUAUUAACACUAUGUGGCUGUGCUUCGGAACUGGUUUUAAGGCGCCCUCACUGACUUUCCCUUGAUUGAAUCCCUGCCACUAUCUUAAAGCAACAGUCCACCGUAUUUCCAUAAUGAAA